ACGGUCUCAGUGACAGAUCGGAUCAGUGCCGGACGGAACACGGUCGCGAGGCACGUGCGCAGUGCACACAGACGGGAACGGAAGACGGCAACGCACACCCGCAUAGGGAGCACUGAGCUAUGAAGUCGGCUCUGCAGAUCCUGCUGGCGGCGCUAGCCGUGUCUCUGGUGACCUCCGGAUCCUACUACGGCAGACGGAGCUCGGGUCGGAGUCAAUCAGCCAUCACCUUUACCGACAGUCGACGUCCACCGGGUCCACCGGUCGGCAGCAGCGUGCAGUUCGGUGAGACGCACGCCACCAGUGUGCAGAACUCCGCCGGUGACGGCCAGCAGACCAACCGGGGCGAGGCGGGCGCCGUCUCCGUACAGAAACAGACCGGUCUCGGCGGAGCCACACAGAGCACCGUCAACCAGGGCACCAUAGAGAGCCUGCAGAGGGCUGAGGGUGGGGGAGGUGGCGGCAGACAGAGCUCCGACAACCAGGUCACCAUCAACUCCAGCCAGCUGCAGCAGAACGUCGACGGCACGCUGGUCAACGUCCAGGCCGGCCAUGAGGGCGUCGUCAUCAUCAACACAAAUGACGAGACGGGCGGCAUCGGUGAGUUCAACUUUAAACAGUGGGCCGCGGGCGAUAUCGUCGUCUACUGA